AACCUGGAGCUGUUUGACCUGAUGGCGACUGGAGCUGGUGAGUGUCCCAGCAAGGCCGCUCAGUACCGGGUGGACCACCUCCUCAGUGCGGUGGAGAGUGAGCUGCAGGCCGGCAGCGAGAAGGGAGACCCCACCGAGAGGGACCUGAAAGUGUCCCUGGAUGAACGGGAGCUGUGGCAAAAAUUUAAAGACCUCACAAACGAGAUGAUAGUUACAAAGAACGGCAGGCGCAUGUUCCCGGUUCUGAAAGUCAACGUCUCUGGACUGGACCCGAACGCCAUGUAUUCCUUCUUGCUGGACUUUGUGUCGGCGGACAACCACAGGUGGAAGUACGUGAACGGGGAGUGGGUUCCGGGAGGUAAACCCGAGCCCCAGACCCCCAGCUGCGUGUACAUCCACCCGGACUCUCCGAACUUCGGGGCUCACUGGAUGAAGGCUCCGGUCUCCUUCAGCAAAGUCAAACUCACCAACAAGCUCAACGGCGGAGGUCAGAUUAUGUUAAAUUCUUUGCACAAAUACGAGCCACGUAUCCACAUCGUUAGGGUUGGAGGCCCACGCAGGAUGAUCACCAGCCACUCCUUCCCAGAGACGCAGUUCAUUGCAGUGACAGCAUAUCAAAAUGAAGAGAUAACAGCUCUAAAAAUAAAGUACAACCCUUUUGCCAAGGCCUUUCUAGAUGCAAAGGAAAGGAAUGAUCACAAAGACAUAAGGGAAGAAGCUAAUGAGAAUCCCCAGUCUGGUUACUCUCAGUUGGGCAGCUGGUUUAUUCACGGCACGGGAACGCUCUGCCCCCCCACCAGUCCACACAGCCAGUUUGGGAGUCCCAUCGCCCUGUCGCCCUCCCAUGGCUGUGAGCGUUACUCCAGCCUGAGGAGCCACCGCUCUGCGCCCUACAGCAGCCCUUACGCCCAUCGGACCAACUCCCCCACCGGAUAUUCAGAUAACUCAUCAUCCUGCUUGUCGAUGCUCCCCAGCCACGAUAACUGGUCCAGUCUGCAGAUGCCAAACCACUCCAGCAUGAUGCCCAUGACCCACAACUCCACCUGUGCAGCCAACUCAAGUCAGUACACCAGCCUGUGGUCUGUGAGUAACUCUCCGCUGACUCCAGUGUCCCAGAACGGGGGUUUAAGCAGCUGCCUCGGCUCCCAGUUUCUCCGAGGAUCUUCCAGUCACUAUCCCAGUCUGCCUCACUCCGCCACAGCGCCCCCCUCUGUCUCUCCUAUGUAUGACAGCAGCUCCGCCACAGAGGUGCAGGACGCUGUCCAGUAUGAAGCUUCAUCCCAUGGCCGGCUGCCCUCAGCUUGGACCCCCGUCACGCCUCCAUCCCUUUGAUUAGAGGGUCACUGAGGAUUGACCUUCUCUUGAGUAACCUCUUGUUACUUUAAGAAGGAAUAAACUUUUUUUAAACAAAUUGUGUGGAGUAUUUCACGGUGUUAAAAGAAGAACCAGCGGAGGCGUGAACCAGCCUCUAAAAAAAAAUCUCAGUUUAUUACUGAAGAAUAAAAUGCUUUUAGUUGAUCUGUUGAUCUGCUUAUAUUAAGCGCAACUGCACAAAAUUUAGAGCAGGGAAUCAUAAAGCUCAAAUAAUAUGAAUUAGGAAUUAAGAAUGUUCAUACUGUAAAUAAUUUUAUAGCUCUGUGAAUAAAUGUUUUCUUUGUUUUGCUUUGUUUUUGAUGCCUUUUGAGAAGAUGUGAUUUAAUAAUAGAACACACUUCUUUUGUUUGUUGUUUUUCUUUCUUCUUCCCUUUACAUCAAAAUAGAUGUGUGUUUAAGAUGACUAAAAUGUUAUUCUGGCUUUCUAAUGUUUUGGAUUUGUGGGUCCAUAAUAGGAAGCAUUCAGAUUAAAUUUAAUGUAAUUUGUUUGUAAAUUAAUUCCAACCAGUUUUACGUCCCCACAAAUCAAGCCUCCGGUUGCAUUAAUAUGUACAUUGGGGUGUUUAUAUUAUUAUAAUUUCUAAUAACAAUUACGCAU